AUGGCAGCUAUUAUAAGACCAGGUAAUAACUCGCUGGCGACUCCCAAGAGAACAGUUGUGGAUUUAAGCUUUGAAGAAACGAUAACGCGGGAAUGUGAAAGAGCUCAGAACUCUUCACUUAAAAAUCAUUAUGUAACCAAGGACAACAAAAACAAUCACAGUAGUAGAAUGAGCGACGAAGAGAGAGCUGAUAUGGAAGACGGAACCCCAACCCCAUUACCUAAAAUGCAAUUGUUUUUGAUUUCUAUUGUCAUGCUUUGCGAACCCAUCACAAGUUCGAUAUUGUUUCCUUUUAUCUACUUUAUGCUGAAAGAUUUUCAUUUAUCAGACGAUGAAAAGGAAAUAGGAUACUAUGCAGGAUGGAUUGCAUCUAUGUUUUUUGUAGCCCAAUUCUUCACGGCUGUCCAAUGGGGAAGAAUAUCUGAUAAAUACGGCAAGCGACCAGUGAUUCUUAUUGGUCUUCUAGGCAAUGCCGUAUCAUCAUGCUUAUUUGGAUUAAGCAAGAAUUUAUAUUGGGCUAUUGCUUCUCGUACCCUGUGUGGUAUGAUGAACGGCAACACAGGGGUAGCAAGAACUGUUGUUAGCGAAAUUACGGAUAACACCAACAAAGCUCGAGCUUUCUCGCUAUUUGGUUUGAAUUGGGGCGUUGGCAUGAUUAGUCCUGCGCUGGGCGGCUAUCUUUUGCGUCCAGCAGAUAACUACCCUGGUGUUUUCGGCCAUUGGCAAUUCUUCAUUAAUUACCCUUAUUUUUUACCUUGUUUCGUAGCUGGUCUUUUUUCCCUGAUAACUUUUACCAUCAGUUAUUUUUUUCUGGAAGAGACUGGCCCCAUUAUCAAAAAAGAAAAUCCGUCGGAUAGCGACAAUGAGGCAACGCCCCUUUUGAAGAAUAGUAAAAGUCCUGUAGGCGUAAGAAUCGGCCUAGAUAAUAAAAAGGCUUCAGCAAGUGCAUCUGGAUUUGGUUCUUUGCGCGCUAUACCUAGGACAGCAAUCUAUGUUAUUAUAGGUUCAGCUAUGUAUUCAACGCAAUCCAUGAUUUUCAAUGAAGCAUUACCACUCUACUCAACCGCGCCUCCAUAUGCUGGCGGUUUGGGUCUGACAUCUCGUGAACUAGCCAAUAUGCUGACGUUCUUUGGGCUUUUUCAAAUAUUUUUUCAAUUUGCCAUAUACCCUGCAUUAACCGCACGUUUCAAUACAGUCGUUCUGUGUCGAAUAGCUUACGUCGGAUUCAUUAUAGCGUACAUACUGCUCCCUGAACUCACCUUGCUGAAGUUAUCCAUACUUCUACAGCAACAAGUAGAAGGGUUUCAAGCGCCAUGGGUUUUGACACUUUGUUACGGAUUCCUAUUACUGAUUCGAUUCACAGCAGCGACAAUCGUCGUCACAGGAUUUACAAUCAUGGUUUAUAUUUUUAGUGUCAAUGUGGCAGUAGUGUCCCUAUCAAGAGCUUUCGGACCUACGUUUGGAGGCAGCGUUUGGUCCUUCUCGUUAAAAGAAGGAAAUAUAUACCCAUUUGACCACCACUUACUCUUUUACAUUAUGAUUUGUAUGAUUUUCGUCGAUUUGAUUCAGACAUAUUUCCUUCCUGAACACAUAGCCUUGGGAGGCCGAAAACGAAGAGCAUGA